UAUACGACUACCUCGUGGACCGAAACCUGGGUCCGACCGGGGUCGAACUUCGCUUUUUGCCCCAUGGCGCCAUGACGAGCUUGACCGCCCCAUGGACACCCGGCUUCUUGACUCUCUCGAAGUUCUGCAAACGGCCGGACUUCAGCCACUUCCAGUGGUAUCUCCAACACAUCGAAGACUUCCGGAAGGACCAACUCAGUCACUUGGGCGAGGUGGUCUACCUGGAUUAUGCGGGUGCUGCCUUGUUCAGUCGCGCCCAGCUGGCAGCCGCGCAGGAGUUGCUGCUGACCAGUAGUCUUGGCAAUCCCCACAGCUCCAGGGCCAGCGAAGAGCUGUUGGACCGAAGCCGAGACUUGGUUCUGCACAUGUUCCGGACGACCAGGGCGACACACAGCGUGGUUUUCACCUCUGGUGCUACACAAAGCCUGGAGCUUCUAGGAGAGCAUUAUCCUUGGACAGUGAAUGGUGGCUGCUUUCUCUACGCAGAUGAGAGCCACACCAGCGUCUUGGGGCUUCGCCAGUUUGCUCGCCGCUCCAACUGGGCCUUUGGGACCUUUGCCUUGGAAGACCUGCCAAACUUGGCAAAUGACUUGUCAGCUGCCAAGAUGAUCGAAGGACAAGUUCCAGAGAGCAUUGCUGGCUGCAACCUCCUGGCUUUUCCAGGUGAGUCCAACUUCAGUGGACUUCGGACAGACUUGUCAUGUCUAUCAGCUCUUCGCCAGGGUCCUCAGAGGUGGAGACUUCUUUUGGACGCCGCGAAGCUCGCAUGUUCACCUGGAAGUCUGGAUCUCAGCCAAUGCCCUGCAGAUUUCACCGUGAUCUCCUUUUACAAGAUCUUCGGAUAUCCCACGGGCCUAGGAGCUCUCCUCCUUCGCCACGAUGCGGCACCGUGCCUUUUCCCCCGCGACGUCCACGGCCCCAGCGGCCCGUCGGGGCCGCUCUACUUCGCCGGCGGCUGCGUGUCUUCGGUCUCGGCCACGUCGAGCUUUGUGGUGCCCAGACCCUCCUUGUCACAGUGGAUGGAGCGGGGCACUCCGCAUUUCCAAGGGAUUUUCACACUCUCAGUGCAACUGGCCACGGUGCGACGACUGGGCACCGACCUCGCUCGCAGUCGACAUGCUUUGGCCGUGUGCCAUGAAGCUUUCUUGCGCACCGCGCGCCUGCGACACAGCAACGGGCAGCGGCUCUGCCGGAUCUUCGGAGCUCAUGAGGAGAUCCGCUGGGCUGAGCUGCAGGGGCCAACCUUGGCCUUGGAGCUGCACUAUGCUGAUUCUUCACCUGUGCCAUAUGGCCUGGUGGCUGAACGUGCGGCAGCUCGAAAGAUCAUGCUGCGGACAGGAUGCCAUUGCAAUGCCGGAGCUUGUCAACGUUAUUUAGAUCUGAAGGACGAGGACAUCCGGCACUUCCACGCCUCGGGGAAGGUCUGUGGCGAUGAUCGGGGCCUCAUCGAGGGACGGUCCACGGGGAUCGUCCGGGUGUCCUUCGGCCUCUACUCCACCAUGGAGGAUGUGUCCAGAUGGAUUGAGUUGCUGGUUGAGUUCCAAGAUCUGCUUCCCACGGAACCGAAGAUUUUGGCCGAGAACCUCGCGGCCACCAACCACUUGACGAAUCCGACAGUCUCUGCAUGGCCUCGUACGUCGAUGGGAAGAGUGCGAGCAGUGAAGAUCUAUCCUGUAAAGGGUUGUGGCCCUUUGCGCGUGAACCGCUGGCCUUUAGACCCCAGCGGCAGCUUGUUCUUGGACCGCCGCUGGUGUUUGUCGCUGGGAACUCGACGCUCCAAGCUGAGACCGGUGAGUGCCAAGCAGGCGCCACGGCUCACGACAGUGAGGAUCUCGUUGAGAGGGCGGGGGAGGAGCUUUGUGUUGCUCCUCUCCAGCAAGUUUCAUCCUGAGACCUUGGAGAUUGCUCUGAGUGAGGAGGACUCAAAGAUCCUGCAAGCCAAUGGUGUAGCUGCAGAUCCUUUGGAUACCACGAGGAAUGGAGCAAGGAUGCAUGAAGAGAAGCCAGCCGAUGCAUCCAAUGCUGAUGCUUCCAUCUGGUUUGAGCAGCUCUUGGACCUCAAGGACCUGCAACUGCGCUGUAGCUCCGACGGCACCGCCGGCACGGGCGAGGCACCCGCGCGGACGGACUUUGCCAACGCGCCCAAGACACUGCUGACGCUUGGGCGGGGAGGUUCGAUGGGCCAGUGGUCGGACGAGGGCGAUCACCCACUGAAGGAUGGUCUCCACGGCCUCCUUGCGACGCUUCGGCGAGCUUUGCGGCUUAGAGGUGCCGGCGGAGCGGUUCCGGGCCAACGUGGAGGUGGACUUCGAAGAGCCCUAUGAGGAGAUGUCCUGGCCAGUGGGUUUGGCCCUUGGCCUCACCGACGAGCCCCACGUGGCGCCCGGUCGACUCCACUUCGAGGUGGCCGGGCGCUGCGUCCGGUGUCAAGCGGUGGACAUCGACCCGGAGGACCCGGAGCGCUCCAGCGGCGUGUCGCUGCUGGCGGCCUUGGCCACGAGCCAAGUCAGCUCCGAGAGCUCCAAGGGGCCCACGUUUGGGGUUUUGCUCCGGAAGCGAGGCCACUGGCAAGAGAGGCCAAUGCUGGAAGUGGGCAUGUCAUUAGAAGCUGAGGCGUAAGCUUGGAUUAGACUUGAGCAAAAGGACGA